AUGAAGUCACUGAUUCUAAAUGUAUUGAAUGUUGACAAGAAUCAAAUUGAUGAACAACACUACCUAAAUGCUAGUAAUGACCAGAGCGAUUCAAUAGCUGCAGCAUCAAAACAACCUUUACUAUUAGAAAUCAAUAAACAUACUUUGACUUUUACAGAUUCAAAAUUUACUCAUCAAAAUAAAACAUUAGAAACAAUUAUUCAAUGUGUUGGUUCAUUAUAUAAUCAAUCUUGUUUGUAUCAUAAUCUGUAUUAUGUUGAUAGUGAAUUUAUGAUUCUAAGUGUAAAAGGACAACAUUUACCUUCAUAUUCUGUACGAACAGAUGCCUUUGCACUAUGGCCUACAACACCAAACAAACGUGUUUUUGAUUCAUAUUCUGAUCUUGAAAAAUUUGUUCGUACUAUUAUUGAUCCAAAGAUAAUUCCAUCUGUUACUCUUUAUUUUGGUCAAUAUUGGCAUGAUAAUAUUGGUCAUGCACUUUUUGAUGGACUCUACCCAGCAUAUGUUGCACUUAUUCGUUUUUCUCCAAGACAUCUUCAUCCUUUUCGCAUACUUGCUCGAGUUAGUGAUUGUAAUGAUUAUUGGAGUGAAGAUAUUUAUAGUCGUUUUGGUGGUCUUGGAAUUCUUAAAGAAAGUGUUCUAAAUAAAAUGUCAAAAGGAAAUUGGUUUAUGUUUGAAGAACUUGUUAUGGGUAGUGGAACAUUGUGUCAACGUUGUACACAACCUAAUUUACAAUUACCUGGAGGUGUUGAAUUAGAUGCUUCAAGACUUUUUCGUGAUAGAAUGUAUCAACAACAUGGUCUUAUUCAUCCAAUCGUUCGAGAAAAAUCUUCAUCGGAAAAACGAACUUCUAAUGAUCUUCUUUUAGGAUAUAUUAUUGAUAAUAAACAUUUUACAAGCGAAGAUCGAAAAGAAAUCGCUGACGCUAUAGAUGAAAUAAAUGAUUAUACAGAUUUUUAUUUGGAUAAAGCUACAAAUAGCACAACUAAGUUACAAUGGCCAUUAGUUCGCGCUUAUUAUAUUUUCUACAAUGAAGUUGGAACUGAAAGCUUUAGUUCAGUUCAAAUAAAUUCGACAUCAACUGAUUCUCGAUCUCUAACAUAUGAAUUAAUUGAAAAUAAUUUCAUAGAUCAACUAAAAAUUUUACGACAAAUGGAUAUUCAUAUUACUGGACCAGAUACUGGACAAAUGUAUCAAACAUUUUUAUCAGAUGGAUCUGUAACUAUUAAUCUUGGAGGUGUAAAACCAAGAGGAUCAGAAAAUACGGACAAAGCAUAUAGUUCAUAUCUUGAGCAAUAUAUAACAAGUGGUACACCUUAUAUCAAAGGUCUUUAUUAUGCAAUUAAUGAAAGACCUAAUGGUAUUAAAAAAGAUGAAGUUAUUAAAUUAAUUCGACAAGCAUCACAACUUAUUUUAGAAGGUUUUUCAUUGCCUGUGAAUGCUCAUGAUAAUCUAGCACCUGAUGGACAAUUAUUUGUUGAAAUGUGUGAAAAAGAUAAAGAAUUUUGUUCUUUAGUUACGAAAAGAACACGGGAUAAAAAUUUUAAUUGUUUAGAUUUAUGGAUAGAAGAUUUUGUACAUGAACAUCGUCAAUGGCAAUUAGGAGGUUUUGUUGAUAAUGGUCGACGUAUUAGUUGUCCUUUUAAUCGUUCAUUGUUACAUGAUUUAAGAAAAAAACAUGGAAUUCAACACAAACAAUCGGAUUAUUGA